AUGAAACGCUAUAAACAGUUCUAUAACAGUCGCUGCAGACGUAUUCAUUUGGCACAGCUUUAUCAGUCUACAAGUUUUUCCUACGAGAAACGUUUUAACAAUGGCCGGUUCACUCAACACUUUGCUGGUGGUCGGUGUCCUUGCACUAGCCGGAAUUACAGCCGUUGCCGCGUGUUCCGAACUUGCGAUCCUAGCCAUUUUGGUUGUUGCGGAAAGGGCAAGUGCAAUACUUUUUGCUGCAACUGCAACGGUGGAUGCAAGCCGAAGAGCCAGUGCAGUUAUGGAGGUGGACUAGGCGGACCGCCCAACACGGUGAGCGUCGGCAGAAUAGGCCGCGGCAAACGGGAAGUUGUGUACAAUAGUACCGCGCAGCACAAAUUCGCUAUCAUCGACCUCAAUGGCGAUGACAAGCUGGAUGUGGACGAAUGUAAAGUGUUCUUGAAGUUGUCCGAUAAGAUUCUUGCUCGGCAUCCAAGAGGGGCAAUGGCCGAAAUUCCGGAAUGGUACAAAGAAAUCGAUGUUGACGGAGAUGGUUAUAUUUUACCUCACGAGUUUGACUACAGUUUGAUCUAA